UGACACACAAUUCAAUCAGAUGAACAUAGAAAGUUGCGUUGGUCACACGUUGUUAGAGUAUUCAUUAAGUUUAUUUAUGGGUGAAUAAAAAGUGAAAGUGUAUUGAUCUUAAAAAUGAAUAGUAAGAAAGGUAAAACUAAAAACCGACCGAAACCAUCAAAAACUUCACAAAACGUAGACUUAGUAGAUACAAAAGAUGCUGAGAUUUCUAGCAAAGCUGAUGAAUCUGAAAAGUGUGAAAGUCUUAAAAAAGAAGAGAUUACUUUACCGGAGCUUAAUAUUGAUGCUGCACCUGAAGUCAUAGAGCAGCCCGUCGUGCCGGCUAGUGAAGCUCCCAAAAAGCCAAAACGAAGCAAAGCUAAAAAGAAACAAGACACGUGUAUCGAACCGAUAGCACAUGACAAUUUAAAUACAAAUGCUGCAGAAGAUGAUAAAAAAGGAAAUAUUGUCCAAACUGAAUUGCAAGAAUCUGUUGAUGUUGUACCGGUCGCUCGUAAAAAGAAAACAAAAAGUAAGAAAAUAUUGGACCAACCAAAAGCUAAUGUAGAACCACAAGCUUCAGAAUGCGAGGUUAAAAUAGUGGAAGAAAAAAAUACAGACAUUAAUUUUGACAUAUCUCAUAAAGAAAAUCAGGAUACGGAAGCACCUAAAACUUCCGAAUUAUUACAAAAAGAAACAAUCGUUUCUAAGAAAAAGAAAAAAAAGAAACAUCGCCAUGAUUCAGAAAAAUCUGAUUUAAAUGACCCUUGUACUCUAGCUUUUCAAAAAUUAUUAGAAUCAUCAGAAGACGUUAAUGAAGAAAAUGAAAGUGAAAAGGUAUCAGUGGACACUAUCAAUCUUACACAGGAAAAUAUAAGCGCAAUUCCAGUACUUAUUACGGAUUCAAACCAAACUAGAGAUUUACAAGAAAAUGUAAAGGAUGACGCAUCGAAAAGCAAGAAAAAAAAUAAAAAAGGUAAAAAACAGCCACCCGAAACAGAGUCACAAAUCAAAAAAGAAUGUAAACAUGAACCAGAAGAGGAUGUCGCAAAUGUUACAACAGAUAAAAAUAUUACUACAGAAAAUAUUGAAUUAGACACAUCAGCAAUGGACCUUAACUUGAAACCGAAAGCAAAAAUUGUCAAGCCUGUUCAAAAGAAACGUAAAGCAAAAUCAGAAUCUCAAGAUGAAAAUAUCCCAGAAUCAAUAGAAAUUGAUUCAGAAAUUAAAAUCAACGAACCUAAAAUGGUAUCUGAAGAUAAAAUCCCCGAUAAGAGUAUUCAAGAAAGUGAGGUUACGAAUAUAUCCAUAAGUUUGAUAGACGAUACGAAGGAUAUUGAAAAUAAAGCGUUGUCGGAAAUUACUGAUAAAAUUGAUAGUACGGGUGAAAAUCUUUCCACUGAAGUAUUUUCAUCAUUAGAGGCAUUAAGUAAAAAUGAAGAAGAAAAUCUUGUUAGUGAAAAAUCUUUUGAACUACCUAAAAUUAAGGAAAUUCCACAAGAAAAAGACAUUAUAAAAUCAGAUAGCGAAAAAGGGUCUGACAAUUCGGGCUUCGUAAAAGUUAAGACGGGUAAACAAAAGAAAAAACGACAGCAAAAUGUUGAUACCGUACCUGAGAUUAUAGAAUCUGUGGGUCCUUCAACAGUUAAGGGAUCUGAAAUAAAUGUCCUAGAACAUGAAACGUCAACUAGUAAAGAUCAAAAAGAAACAUAUUUUGAAAAGCAUUGUGAUUUUGUAGAAAAUAGUCCUAAACAAGAUGAACUGGAAACGUUAAGUAUAGCUACUCCUGAUUUGAUUCAAUACCCUAGAUCUACAAGUCAACAACACUUUGACGAUAAUAAUAAUGAUACAAUAAUUGAAGAAAUAUCAACGACGGAUGAGUUUAAAUUGGGUAUUCCUAUUUAUACAGCAACACCUAUUAUUCAAGGAUCAGGUGAAUCACCCGAAGCUAAAACUAUUACUGAACCAAUAGAUGUUAAAGUUACUGAAGUAACUUCACCGACCAUUAGCACUAGCAAUGACAAAAAUGAUAUAAAGUCCAGAAUUAUUGAAGUGAACAACGAUAUGGAAGAAUUAAGGCGAUCCAUUGAAAGAUCAUUGGCAGAAUUAACAGGUGCUGAAAUAUGCACUACUGAAGUAGAUAAAGAGUUUGAAGAGUUAUUUCAAAAUCAAAUGGAAGACUCACAACGAACAAAACGACCAGAGGAUAAAUUAGAAAGUUUACAAGCAGAACAAUUGAAAUCAGAUGAAACAAUUAUGAAGUCGCAGAAAGAAAGUGUUGAUACAGAAAUCGUCAGAGUAAGUAAAUUGAAUACAAUUAUUGAAAUAAAAUCUGAACAAGCAGACGCAACCAUUAACCAACCGAUAUCUACUGAGGAUAGUACCGAAAAGCCUGAUAUGGAAUCGGAUGCAACAAGUACAGUUCCUAUUUGUCCAGCUAGAAGUAAAGGUAAAAGCAAAUCAAAGAAAAAAGGUAAAAAAGAAACUUUAUCUACCAGUAGUAACAAUUCCACUACUCAACAGUCAGACACUACGAAAAAAGACACACCUAAAACCUCUAAAUCUAAUAAUUCUGAUAAAUCUGAUCAAAAACCUGAAUCAUCAAAAGAAAAAGGUAAACAACAAUCAGUAAAUCCUACUGGAGAUUCUGAUCCUAAUUUGAAACAUUUGAAGUUGGAUUUGUCUUUUGAGCCAAUAGAAAAUUUUGAAGACGCUCUUACAUCUAGCGCUGAUGACGUCAAUAAAACUUUUGAAAUAAUUGUAAACGAAGCAACUGAAUCGUUACGACAAAACAAUCCACAAAUAAAUAUAAUAGCUCCGAAAGAAGAUACCGAAGAAAAGAAUAAAGAAAAGAAGCGAAAACAAAAUCCUGCAUCGCAGCCAAAAAACUUAUUAGGCAAACCCAACAUUCCUGCAUCAUCGAAUAAAACUGAUUACAAAAAGGAAAAAAAUAAACCUCCCAAUUCAAUACAAGCUAAAGUUAAAAUAAAGGAUUCUGUGGAAAUCGAAAAAUUCAAUAAAGAUUUAAAAGAAUCUCAUAUCGAUGGUAAAAAUAAAUUAAAUAAACAGAGUAAUGGUCCCGAUACUUAUUCAUAUUUAUCGAACACGAACGAAGAUUUCAUUUAUAAAUACAGUUUCCGUAAAGUUUUCCUACAAAGUAGUUGCCACGUUUGUAAGAAGGCGUUGAUACACAGAUUCCCUUGUAAGUUUUGUUCAUUAGUUUUCUACUGCAGUCAAAAACAUCACGACGAAGAUUGGGCUAGGCAUCAAUUCUUGUGUUUCGCUGUUUCCACAAUUGCUCAUCUAAAAGAACAAAAACACAUCUACGCUGAUGCUCAAAAUAUUACCGGACAGGACUAUCGCGUGCUUAGAAUGCAAAUGAUUCUGUCUUGUGAAAAGAUACUAAAACGAAAGCUGGUACCUUGGGAACAAGAGGCCUUGCUGUAUCCUAGACUUUGUGCGGAUACAAGUUGUAGACAAUGGAAGCAAACGAAACUGAAAGAUUGUGAGGGAUGUGGUCAGAUAUCAUACUGUGCUGAUCAUCCAGAUCAUCUGCCUUUAUCUCACCAACGUUGGUGCAAAUCCUACGCUCUAUAUCAGAAACUUGUGAACUAUCAACAAACGAAAGGAAGGCUGGAACCUAAGCUCCCCACCAAAGUUAUGGAGCAUUACAGAAUACCAGAGAAAAUGAAUGAGGUGCUUGGAGCUAUGUAUGAGGAAAAAAUUGACAUGGAUGAGAUUCAGUACGCAGCGUUGACGCAACUUGCAUCAGCACCAUUGACAGCAGCGUACGGUUAUCAGAUCUACAGCACCAAGAUGAACUCGACAUGCGCUAAUGGAGUCUUAAAGAAGACCACGUUCACUAUCCACGCAGUGGGUACAGACCUUCAAUUCGAAGCUGAUGCCUUGAACAAGUGGGAAAUAUUCUUCUUACACUUGCGGCCUGAUGUCCAAGAUCUGAGAGUGGUGCUUGUUGGACCAGACCUGAAUCCUUCAGAACUUCCUCUGGAAUUACUUGGAAAAAUCAAGCUAUGUGAGAACUGUCGUGCAAACAAACGCAGAGUGAUGUUUCACUUCCACGACAAGGAAACGUACCACGAAUAUUAUUCCGGCGACGACUUUAUCACACCAGAUGUCGUGUGCGCCUUCAACCCAAACAUACAAAGAUCGUCUCUGUACAAUAUUAAAGAUACCUGGUCUUCAACAAUUGACAGCAUUUUGCAGCAAAAGGUGCCUUUCAUCAUAACAUCCUACAAUAUCGAAGAGUUGGAAAGAGACAUAUCGCGAGUGAAAGAGAUAACAAGAUACAAUUUCAACGUUGUUUCAGAAGCGAAACAUAAUCCCUUCAGUAGUCUGAGACCGGAUAGAAAUUUCAUAACGGAUCACGAAAUACCUUUGUUGUUUAAAAAUUAUUGUUUUAGUAUACUGUGUGGUGCUUUUUAAUUGUUUUUUCUUAGUGUUUCGUUGACUGUUAUUUAUUUCGUAUUAAACAUUUGAAUUUA